UAUAAAAGAGUGUUUUUUUUAAAUGUUAAUUGUUAAUGUUAAUAUUAGUGGUAAUUGUUAAUAAUCCACUAUCCUUUAUAAAAAAGCACAUAGCUAGAUACUGAAGUCUGUGAAACAAGAACACGAAGGAGAGAAAGAAAAAAGAAGAAAUCAUGUCGAAGAAAGGAGAAGUGGUUUGUGUUACUGGUGGAAGCGGUUGUAUUGGCUCUUGGCUUGUCCGUCUCCUUCUCGACCGUGGGUAUACCGUUCACGCCACCGCAAAAAAUCUCAAGGAUGAAAAGGAGACGAAGCAUCUAGAAUCACUUGAAGGAGCAGACACGCGUCUCCGUCUUUACCAAAUUGAUCUCCUCGAUUAUGACUCCAUUGUCGCCGCAAUCAACGGCUGUGCUGGCGUCUUUCACCUGGCCUCUCCGUGCAUCGUUGAUGAAGUCCAUGAUCCUCAGAAUGAGCUUUUGGAUCCGGCAAUUAAAGGAACAAUAAAUGUACUAACGGCGGCAAAGGAGAACGGCGUCAGGCGCGUCGUGGUAACGUCUUCGAUUUCUUCUAUUACGCCCAGUCCUAACUGGCCUGCAGACGUCAUCAAGAAUGAGGAUUGCUGGACGGACGUUGAGUACUGCAAGCAAAAUGGAUUCUGGUAUCCAUUGUCAAAAACACUAGCCGAGAAAGCUGCGUGGGAGUUUUCAAAGGAGAAGGGGUUGGAUGUGGUGGUGGUGAAUCCGGGUACAGUUAUGGGUCCGGUUAUUUCACCGGUGCUGAAUGCUAGCAUGGUGAUGCUUGUGCGCCUUUUCCAAGGCUGCACUGAGACAUACCAGAACUUCUUUAUGGGAUCUGUCCAUUUUAAAGAUGUAGCCUUGGCACAUAUUAUAGUGUAUGAGAACCCAUCAGCAACUGGCAGGCACCUGUGUGUUGAAGCUAUAUCUCAUUAUGGUGACUUUGUGGCCAAGGUUGCUGAGCUAUAUCCUGAAUAUAAGAUUCCUAGAGUUGUGCUUGCUGUUGCGUUGUGGAUCAAACUUCCGUCCAUUGCCACCCCUGCUUCAUUGAGAUCUUAAAACUUCUUUCUGGCUGUUUGAUGGUGUGAAUCAUUACUGCUUGAUCCUUAAUGUGCCUAUUGGUGCAGGUUGCCGAAGGAUACCCAACCUGGGUUGUUGAGGGCAAAGAAUGGAGCCAAGAAGCUGAUGGACUUGGGUUUAGAAUUUAUUCCCAUGGAGCAAAUUAUCAAGGAUGCAGUUGAAAGUUUAAAGAGCGAAGGAUUCAUUUCUUAAGAAAAAGCUUCAGGGAUCAAUAUAUGGGGUAGAACUGAUUAGUGUGUUUGUGCAGGAACAAUCACAGCUUGCAUAUGGAGGUUACCUGUAAUGUUGGCAGGUCUCAGUGUUACCGUUUUGCUAUGUGGACAGUUUGAACAGGUUUAUGAAUUCGAAGAAAAAAAAAAACCCUGGUUUUGCUUUGCUUCGUCUUAAAUUCUUGGUAAUUAGCAUGAAUGGGAUCGAUUCAACAAAAUCAUUGCAGUUUAUGAAGUCUUUAAUUGCAAGCUUGUAACAACUAGUUUUCUGAUAGUUAUCUCCUGUUUAUGAUAUGCAAUCAUUUAAAAUA